CGUCCGAGAGCUCGGCAGUGAAAACGUAUCGCAAGGACGCUUGAUACGUCGAUUACAGAGGAGAAGCUGUUUAUGCAAAACAAACGAGAUUUUGCCAACAAUACAAACACGAUGGCCACGGACAUUGGGUAUCAAUACAAACGAACCAACACGAAUGGCUACUUGCAGCAACCGCUGGAUAUCGCGAUCGUUGGUGGAGGACUGGUUGGCUCCCUGUUGGCCCUCCAUCUGGGCAAGAAGGGACACGAAGUAAAUCUGUACGAGUAUCGAGAAGACAUUCGCACGGCCGAGCUGGUGCUUGGGCGCAGUAUCAACCUCGCCCUUUCGGCGCGGGGGCGCCGUGCCCUGGCCGAAGUUGGCCUGGAGGAAGCCCUGCUUGGUCACGGUAUACCGAUGGCGGGCCGGAUGCUACACGAUCUGAGCGGCCAGCGGAAGGUUGUGCCGUACGAUGCGAAUACCAAGCAGUGCAUCUACUCGGUCGGUCGUAAGCAUCUGAACGAGGUGCUACUCAACGCUGCCGAAAAGUACCCAAACAUUCACCUGAACUUCAAUCACAAGCUCGUCAGCGCCGAUUUGGACGAGGGACACUUUUCCAUGAUCGAUCCAACAACGAAGGAAAUAAAGAACUCCCAAGCCGAUCUGAUCGUCGGGUGCGACGGCGCUUACAGUGCCGUUCGGAAGGAGAUCAUCAAGCGGCCAAGGUACGACUUCAGCCAGACAUACAUCGAGCACGGCUACCUGGAGCUUUGCAUUCCACCGUUGCCCAACGGAGAAUUCGCGAUGCCCCACAACUAUCUGCACAUUUGGCCACGAGGGAAGUUCAUGAUGAUCGCUCUGCCCAAUCAGGAUCGCACCUGGACCGUAACGCUGUUUAUGCCGUUCACCCACUUCAACAGUAUUACCGAUGCAGACAGUUUGUUGAGCUUCUUCCGUCAGUACUUCCCUGACGCGAUCGAUCUGAUUGGGCGCGAACGGUUGAUCAAGGAUUUCUUUAAGAUUAAACCGCAGUCCCUGGUUAUGAUCAAGUGCCGCCCGUAUCACGUUGGUACGAAGGCAUUGAUAGUGGGCGACGCAGCCCACGCGAUGGUUCCGUUUUACGGUCAAGGAAUGAAUGCUGGAUUCGAGGACUGCAGCCUGCUGACGGAACUCUUUAGCAAAUACGGAACCGACUUGGGACGUAUUUUGCCCGAGUUUAGCGAGCGGCGUUGGGCGGAUGCACACUCGAUUUGCGAUUUGGCCAUGUAUAACUACAUAGAGAUGCGUGAUCUGGUUACGAAGCGAUCGUAUUUGUUGCGCAAAAAACUGGACGAGAUACUAUUUUGGCUGCUACCAAACACGUGGGUCCCGCUUUACAACUCGGUAUCCUUUUCGCACAUGCCAUACAGUCAGUGCAUCGCAAAUCGCGCGUGGCAGGAUAAGAUCCUGACCCGCGCCAUAUAUGGGGGAUCAGUUGUCGCAGCUGCGGCCAUCGGAACGCUUUGCUACCGAUACCUGAAUGUGAGCCAUUUGGAACGAUUAUCGGCGUCAAUUGUAGAUGCCGUUAAGUUGCUGAAGCCCAACUAAAACCUGUUCACUUAAUAACUGGAGCCUUAGUUGAUUCUCAUGCGACUUGUAUUCGAAAUAGAUUGGCUAGAUAAAAUAAUUACUCCCGUUUAUGUUCGUGUCUUAUCAUUUUAUUAGUCAAGCCACGUUCUCACGAUAGUCCUAUUACUGCUAUGGUAUCUUACCAUAGGUCACAUACGUUUAACCAGAAAACUGUUCCUAUUCUCAUCCUCUACUACCGUAAAACCAUGCACAUUAAUCCUACAUUAAUUACGAAACCAAUUUACUACAAAAACAGCGUGCAUACAACGAACAACGAGGAAGUAACCAAAAAAACAGUAAUAAGCUUCAGGUUCUGAUUUUACAGUAUUAGCGUACGAUGUUCUGUUAUCCUGUUCGAACCAAGUGCAGAAGUUAUGACUCCUGAAGAUCAAUAGCCUUCCAUUUUGCUCUUUGCUAAAUAAAUAGUACCAACCGGGCAAACCGCAAAUUCUAUGAACCAGCAUAAA